CUUCAGAUGCCCACACUCUUGUCUCUUUCCUCUCACUCUCACUAGUCCUCCCCAUAUUCUUCCACACCAGCAUCAUGCCUACGCUCCGGGAAGGAAUGGAAGAAAUGAAGCAAAUCUUGUCCAACAAAAUCGAUAAAUCACAACUUAAACCAGGCGAUCACAUCUAUUCAUGGCGUACAGCUUGGCUCUACGCUCAUCACGGAAUAUACGUUGGCGAUGAUAAGGUGAUCCAUUUCACUCGGGGUAAUGGUCAAGAAACCGGCACCGGAACAGUGUUAGACCGAAUAAAUCUAAGCUCAAUGCCCGCAAUAUCCGGCAACCCGUGCUUAAAAUGUGGCGACCAGUCAAAUGCUGACGGUGUCAUCGCUUCAUGCUUGAACUGUUUUCUCUCUGGCGGUAAUCUCUAUCUAUUCAAAUAUUCGGUCUCUCAUGCCACUUUUCUUGCCAAAGCUCGAGGCGGAACAUGCACUCUUGCUCCUUCUGAUCCUCCCAAUGACGUCAUUCAUCGCGCUCAGUAUCUUCUAGAAAAUGGUUUCGGUGUCUACAGCAUUUUUAAGAACAACUGUGAGGAUUUCGCGAUCUACUGCAAGACGGGGUUGCUCGUGUACACACCCAUCAGUGUGGGGAGAAGUGGGCAGGCUGCAUCGGUUUUAGCAGCUACUAGUGCUGUUCUCUCAUCUCCGUUACGUUACCUGACCACCGGUAUUCCUGGUUUGGCGGUUGUGGGGUGUGGUAUUUAUUGUGUGAGUAGGUUUGUUGCUGACAUUGGGUUUCGCCGUGAUGUGGAUAAAGUUUCGGUUGAGAGGCUCGUUGGCUGCACCCUCCAAGUUUUGGCUGAGACAGGCAUGGACCCCCAAGCGUAUGCCACGAACCGUGAAGAGACUCGAGCCUUGGUUGAGGAAGUCAAGGUGGCUCAAGCUCUUGUCGCAAGUCACAACCGGUAAGGAAGAAUGACUUUAAAGGGAACUUAUUGUUGCUGGUUAAAGAUUUGAAAUGCUUAUAUAACAAUAAACAUAUAUGUUUGUAGUUGUAUUACGUUUUUUUUUAGAUUGUCUAUCUACUUUUUGAAACAACAAUAUUAAAAACAUAUAAAUCAUGUAUUGAGGAUGUGCAUUAAAUUGCGUUGCUAUGAAAAACCUACAAAUCAUGUUUA